GCUCACUAUUCGAGGCAGCGCGUAGAUGGAAACAACCAUAUGCCGUUUUCUGUUCGCUCAGUGUUCCGUUCUCUGUGUGUGAGACAUUCUUCCCAUUUGUGUGGUGUGUUUUAAAUUUAUUAUACCGGAUUAUUAUUAUUAUUAUUUCUGUGAGUCGUGUCUCUCCGUUUCUCGUGCUCAGAGAGAGAGAGAGAGUGAGUGAGUGAGGGAGAGUGAGAGCGAGUGAGUGUUUGGUUGGAGCAAGAGUGCCCGUUGGCAUAUACCCAUAAUAAAGGCGACCCGAGACGAGUGUUCGGUGUGUGUUUAACGAAACAAGCGAAUGAGACACAUUGAUAGCAUAGUCGUCGUACAGUUGGCGCUGUUCAUCACAUUCUCAUGAGAGCAUGAAAUAUAUUAUGGAAUAGCCGAGAUAAAGUACAGAGAAUGAAAAGUGAAGCAGCAGCAGCAGCCGCAGCAGUAGUAGUAACAGCAACAACAAUAACAAAUCUGCCAAACGUAAAAUAGCUAAACAUAAGCUGAAUAGAGAGAGAAUGGAAUAGUGUGUUGCGAAGAAGAGACAUUCGGUGUUGUAUUCAUGUGUAUUUUAGUGUCGUUUGCUCUCUCAUUGUCCGCAUCGCAACGAAGGCAGCAGCAGCAGCAGCAGCAGUAAUAAAAACAUUUACGGGACGUAGUGUGUAAAAUCGAGGGAGAGAGAGAGAGAGAGAAAGAGAGAGAGAAACCGAAUAUAUUCGGCACGGUAACGCUUGCUACUACGACACCCAUACCAUUGCGUUCAUGGGCAUAAUCGGCAAGUGAGAGAGAGUGAGUGCUGCAUACGAGAUUGCGAGCAUUUGUGAAGCGGCAAAAGUGUUUUAACUGUGUUGGUGCUGUGUGUAUCGUAAAAGUGAACGCGCGCGUUUGUUGUUGUUGCUUUGACAUAAACAGCGCGCUGUAAAUGUGAGAGACACAUAUUAUCCGAUUACAAAAUAUUGAUGUACUUUGCCUAGACUACAAUUGCAAAUUGCGAGAAUAUAUGAGAGGAAAAAAGAGAACGAACGAACGAAUCUGUGACGCAUACACACGCAACGCAACUUUGUAAGAAAAAUUACUCGAGAAAGAGCGAAAGAAGGAAGAGAGAGAGAGAGAGUGACUGUAAUAAGAAAGAGAGAGCGACUUUUUUGCUUAGCUAACAAUAAAAAAAGACGGCGCGAAAAGAACCAAGAACAGCCGAUUGUAACAAUAAGACGGCGAUUUUCUUUGGAGAAUAAAAAUACCGAACGAAUUUCUUCAGAUUGUGUGUUUGGCAGACUGGAUAUUGAAUGAGAAUCAAGACAAAUAAAUCACGUAAAAAAAUGAUCAAUGGUGAUAGUUUUAAGCAGGAGCUAGCAUCCGAAUUGGAUAAUGUGCAGGUAAUUUUAUCAAAUUCCUUUUCUAUAUCUCGGUUUUGUUUCGAUCUUAAGUUGGUUUUUCGUGGCUCAUCUCUGUGGCGGCGAAUUUUUGAGUGAAUGAGAGAAUGUGUGAGUAUGAUGUGUUAAAAAAUAAGUCGAAUGAUUGAAUGAAGGAUGCAUGGUCGUUAAAUGAAUUGUGUUCGAUUGUAGUGAAAAUGUAGUCAACUGGUGAUGAGUGAAUAUGCUGUAAAUUUUGAUGUGUAAAUGCAAAACUACCUCUCUGGUAUGUGUGCCAAUUUUCACGCCGCUGAUAAGGAUUUAUAAACAAAACGGCCGCUGUGACAGUGAACCAAAACAAAGUGAAGCCGCAUCGUGUGAGCUCAAACCCAAAAUCAUCAACAACAACGACGGCCGAAAAGAAAAACACACAUAAAUGUAUAUCGUAUAGUAUUUUAGGGAGGCAGACAAAAAGCAAUCGAAAGCAUGCAAGUGAAAACGAAUGAGAAUUACAAACCAAGCCGAACCGAACCAAAAACAAAGAGCAGCGCUUGUGAAACGGGCUCCAACAACUCGAAAAAUUGAAGACACACUAUUUGUGGGAGUUUCGGCAACGCGGAACGUAUUUUAAAAUACACGGUGUAUUUGUAUACACGGUGUGUCGUUCGGUUUGAUCUAGAGGGCUCAGCACUGGCACUGCUGGUGCUGCUGCUGCUCACAGACACUCCAAACCGACCGACAACACACCGAUAGGGAGAGCGAUAGUAGUACCGCCGAUAUUAAGAGAGAGAUAUGGGCGGAGGCUCUUAACAAUCAAAACGCGCUCACCACUUUCGGUGAACUUGCAUGUUUUCACUUGAUGCUAUUAUCAAAUAUGUUGCCAGGCUGUUUGUUGCCCACUGCCAUACAUUUUUUUUCUUCUUCUGCUAUUCGGUGUUCUUUCGGCUUGUGUUGAUAUUUCUCAUUUGGCCAUUCAGUUCAAAGUGUUGAUUCAAUCGAAAUGCACAUCUUUUCGUCAAUCUCCGUUGCCGUGUGGUUUGGCUCGAAAAAUACCCCGUAUUUCAUUCAAAAGACUCUUCUUUCAGAGUUCUAUUCUACUCUUAAAUCAUUGACUCUUCGGUUUUUGAAUUUUUUUUCUUACGAAUUUGUCGCAUCUUCGGUUUGCCUGGCCGAAAAUUGUCUUGCCAAAUAAGACACAUAGAGAGAGAGAGAGAGACAAGUCAACUCUGAGGAAUUUUUCAUGUACCAAGUGACUAGAAAUUCGGAAUCUCAAUUCGAUACUCUCAUCGCAUCCGUUCGAGCACUGAAUAUAUAUAUUUCGUUAUUAUCAUUUUCAAUCAAUCUGAAAAUAAUGAUGGAAUUUAAAUGCCUGCCUCAAAGGCCUUAAGUAUAUUUUUCUACGCGUCUUUUUUUUAAUAAGCAAGCGAAUGGAGAAGACGAAGCAGAAGAGAAGAGAAGAAGAAGAAGAAAAAUGAACGGUCACAUACACAUAUGCAUACAUAACAUGAUACGGAGAUUGAUUUCGUUACACAUUUUUUUUCUUCUGUUUUUCCAUCGCGUACCAAUAUUGUGAAUGAUGUGUUUGUGUGUGUUUUUCUCCACAUUCAGCCCAAGCAGCAGCAGCAGCAGCAGCAGCAGCAGCAGCAGCGGCAGUAGCAAUCUUUUGGAAAUCUAGUUGUUAGCAUUUUCAUAGUCGUAAACGAUGAGGCAAGCGAGAGCCUCACACAUGCUCAGCCCGAGUGAUGUUAAUGUCGAAUGUGAAUUUAGCGCUUUCUGUUAAAUCUAACAACAAUAAUAAUCUAUGGAACAAUGUAUAUUUAUAUAUUGAAGCGUAUCGCGAGCGCAUUUACUGGUCUUAACGAAGAUUUUUUGUUUUUUCCUCUUCUUUUUGGUCGGUUGAUCGUUUUAGAACGCACUGUCGUUGCGUUUUACUGUACCGCAAACCAAUUUUUUGUUCUCGUAUAUGCAUGUAAUACAAGAUGUGUGUGCCGCCUUAACCGGAGAAAACAUCGUUCAAUGCAUACAACAUGUGCUAUUUUAGUGUGUCUCUUUGCAUCGUUCUCUGUCGAUUCGGCACAAACACACUUACGCAGUUAGCAAUGCAUGCGUUUUUCACCUUUUAUGGGAAAACAACGACAGCAACUGCAACAGCAGCCAAAUCUAUUGUUUUGUUUAGGUCGAACACACAUCUUUCCCAACACAGACACACACAAACACACAGACACCAAUCCAUAUCAUUCUAAUUGUCAAUUAAUUUUCACUGAUGAACCGAUGCACUUUUAUCCACAUUCGGAAGAGCUCUUUCAUUGCGUCGCACCGCAUUUCUAUUACACAAUGCACAGCCACAGGCAUACACACACUCAUAGUGCAACACACUUCCGACUUUUAUAGCUCUUUCACCGUUUUGUCUACGUAGUUUCGUUUCAUUUUUUUUUUCUUUUCAUUGCAAGCCAUAAACAAAUUUAAUUAGUUUUCCAAACGCUCAGGCAAUUCGAUUUAUGUAUCGCACACGGGAACAUAAAAGAGGCAAGAAAAUGAGUGGAAAUAGAGAAGAAGAAAUAAUAAAAAGAGUGAAAACUAUAAAGAACUAUAAAAAAGAUGUGCAAGAAUAUGCAUUUCAAACAGAAAAACAUUAGAAGAAAAAAUGAAAAAAAAAACUAUGAAUGUGAUUACGACGCUGGCAAAAGAAAACGUCAUUGGAUAACAGAGAACAUUGGACCAAUGAUUGCAUCAAGUCAAUUGCUAGACAUUUACGGGGAUGCGGUGAAUAAUGCGACAAAAGCCGUUGUUUCGAUUCGGUUGUAAAAAAAAGAUGAUUUUCAUAAGCCGCCAUAAAAAGCAAGUCGUCGAAGGUCUUCUUAGUGGCAACGCCACACACGAAUCAUAAAAACAACAGUAGCAUUCGUUAUUCUAUUUUGUAGCAAGAUCACAAGAUAUAUUUAAUUGAAUUGAGAGCGCCGAUCGGUAUUUGCUCGUAGCGAAACGAAGCUCCGAAUCAUUUACAUAUGUAUAAAUCAAGCGAAUGCAUAAUUGGAUGUAUAGAUAUUGCAUUGUGCACACGGUACACAGCACACAGCAUCGUGAAUGCGCUGCUGAUAAACACAAUCGCAUAAAAAUGAGUAGUCGUAUGCCUCAAGUGUAUGUGUGUGUGUACUGUUGUUAUUGUUUCUCCAUUCGCGCGCGCUCCUUCAAUCGCUUGGUGAGAGAUGGGAAUGUGCGAUUCCGAUGCACAUCAACUGAGGAGGACAAAGCAAAUGCAAAAAAAAACAAAAUGCUCGCGCUGUGGAAAAUGUCCACGGUUGAAACGAAGUCGUGCGCUAACGACAAUUUAUAGCAGAUCAAAAAGAUACGAUGAUGUUUUGACUCUCUAAAUAAGGUGAAACACACUCAAUCACGGGCCAGCAACACUCGGACCGAACGCAGCGACCAAACUGCAUGAAAAUUAACGUAUGCAAUUUAUUUCGAAUUGUGCACUGGCCGGGUUGCGUGAACCGCAAACGCGCGCGACCAUUCGAGCACAUAAACCAUCUCUUGGACUCUUCUUGAGCAUUUUACAUUGACAACUGUUUGUUUCGUACCACUAGCUGAAGUUCAACUAAAUUUCGCAUCACUGCCAACUUUUUGGGUCGUUUUCUCUUCAAGACAAUCUCUUGUACCUACAAUGCAGGUUUAUAUUGAAAGAUUUGCCGAGUAAAUUCAAUUCGAUGCAUAUUACAAAACAACGGGAUGCUUUUUUCUCCUUGAUCGAUUUCAUCAUCUAAGCAAGAGAUUCAAGCAGAAGGCAACCGAUAAAUUGCCAACUUGUGAAUAUGCAGAUAAAUGAUCGUUCCGUUCGGAACUGUUUAUAGCAUGCAUUUUUGGUUGAAUUUCGUUGAAUCGCUGACUCAAGUGACGCUGACAAAUGUCUUACCAUUCCCCAAAUCCUUUUCCAUGCUGUCUUUUUGCUUCGAGACACGAAUUUCGAGUACAAACCAACCAAUUUUGGGCGACUCGAAUUUGAAACAAUAUGCAAAUAAAUCGGACUGGUUAAUUGGCUGUGAUUGUAUCUCACGUGCUUAUAUUGUAUGUACGUGUAGACUAUGUUUUUAAACGUGUGUUUUUUUUUCGUUCACAUAUAAAUCAUGCAUUGUGUUGACCUCCCACUCCAAUGGCUACGUCCAUGGAUGGUGUGUGUGUGUGUGUAUGUGCAAUUCAUUAAAUUUUCUACCCCACUCCGAUUCAACGGAUAUAAUCGAAUUGGUUGGUCAAUUAAAAUAAAACCACCCCAUAAAAAGACUAUCGCAAAUAUUACCACACUCCAACCAGAAUUUCGACAAACCGUUUGCGAAUUAAAUAUAUAUUGUGUGUGUGUGUUUUUUUUCUGCUGGCACGGAGGAUGUGCUGUUGGGUAGAUGUGUGUACCAUGGUGCUACCACCCCAAAACUAUACAACGUCUCACUCUCUUUCUCUAUCGAUUUGACGGUGUAGCAAAAUCACAACGACGCAUCUGCUGUAAAUUCACAUGGUUUGCAAUUUGCAACCGAUAAGAAAUAGAAAACAAAUGAUUGGUGGAGUAUGCAAAAGAUGGGUGGAUUUUUGGAUAACACAAACAAUAACUCAAAAAAUUGCUUGCAUGUGCAGAACCAGAUUGCAAGUUUAAUUUUUCAUUCACAAAUUCACAUAACCGCCGAGCCGAAUUCAAAUUCUGAUCAUCGAUUUCGCGUUGUCUUCGAUUGCUUAUCAAUUAUGUGUCUUCAUCUUCGAUUUCAUUCAAGUAUUGUCUUCGAAGACUGGCUUCAAUAUGCGCUUAGUUAACUAUAAUGUAUACCCGAAUUCAGGUAUACAACAAAAUCAAACCAAAUGUUGGCCAGGCAAAAUCUGAAAAUUAAUGGAAGAAACGAGUUUGAUUUGAAAAAUGAUCGCUACAUUUGCUUUAUCUAUAAGAAAAUGAAUAUGAUAAUAAUAUGAAUAGAUUUAUCGUGGACAUUGAUUGAUCUGAUCAUCAUUUGAUCAUUACCCCUAAAAUUAGUUGGUUUCCUCCGUAUUUGAAUAUGAAUUGUGUCAAUUUGUCUGUUUCCCUACCGUUUUGAAUGUUUGAAGCUGUGUUUGUUGAAAACUGCCUUUUAAUUUGAUGUUUGAAUGUUUUUUUUUGGAUUUUCUAAUUAUAACAAUAUAUAUGUUUUAACUCUUCACACCACCAAAAAAAAAACCACCACACAAAAACAAUGCUAAAUUUGUAGUUUCCGUUGUUUAUUCCCUUUCGAUUUUUCUUCUAGAUUCGCUCACAAAUCUUGUCUAAGUUACCUGUAUUGUGACUGAAAACCAUACGCGAAUGCAACCUAUAAACCAAUCUAAAAUCAGUUCAUCGGUUCUUUUUGUAAGCAAAAGACACUGAAGAGAAAGAAUAAAAAGGAGAACCUUUUUGAAGUAAUUUUGUCUUAAUACAAAAUAAAAUCAGCCGAAGCGAAAAAUUCCAACAAAUAUCACUUCGAUUUAGAUCAAAUUGAAAGAAAAAAACUGUCGAUCGAAUUAAGUAAAAUUCGAUCGAACUAAAAGGAAGAAAACAGUUGAAGUUUAGUCAACGAAAUUAGUAGGAAAAAGUACACGGUCUUUCGUGGAGUGAAAUUAAAAAAAAAAAAUCGAUAAACUGGAAGGAACACAGCAACACGUGCCCUCCGGGGCAGAGGUGCGAGUAGUCAGUGCGUCAGUAAUAGCUCAGCUGCAAGCACAAGGGCUACAGGGCAAUGAGCUGAAUGCUGCGAUAGUGGCUGCUUCACAGCCAAGCAACGGAGCUCAACAAAAUGCACAGCAAGCCCAGCAAAAUCAACAGCAAGCCGCGCAAGUGCAACAUCAACAGGCACAUUUGCAACAACAGAAUGCAACGGCCGGCCAACAGCAUCCGCAAGUGAUUACAUUGCAACAAUUGCAAAAUUUUUUACCAACCCAACAGAUCCAAACAAUCACAUCGGCCGAUGGGCAUCAAGUUCAGGUUUCAGCUGCACAAAAUGCAACACCCACAACGCCCAUCAAGUCGGAACGAUUGUUUGUGACGCCACAAAUGCAACCGCAAGUGGUUAAUUUACAAAAUUUACAAGGCAUCCCACAGCAAUUCAUUCAGGGUGGUCAAAUUCUGCAGAAUGCCGGCAACGGAAUGUUCCAAGUGGUGCAGCCAAUGCAAACGGUGACGGUGGAUGGUCAAGAGGCGUUGUUUAUACCGAAUAUGGGUGCAUCGGCAAAUCAAUUGAACGGAGCGCAGCCCAUUCAAAUUGGCAAUCAACAAGCGUUUCUAACGCCCAACGGCCAAAUCAUUCGACCUGGCGUUAUGCCAGCGAAUAUUCUACAGAACAUGGGCCAAACAGUAUCUCUGCCAACCGCGUUUGGUCAAGCGACAUUGACGAUACCCGGCACAAACAUAUCAAUACCAUUGGCCAACUCAUUGGGAAAUCUCACCACGCACAAUGCAACGAAUGCCGCAGCCGGUCAAACCGGCCAACAACAACAGCAACAAGCGCAACAGAAUCAACAGGCAAAUCAAACGACAGCCAAUGCAACAGCACAAAAUCAACAAACACAACAAUCGCAACAAUCGCAGUCGCAUCAAGGCCAAGCCCAACAGCAAAAUCAAACACAACAAAACAAUCAACAACAAACGCAGGCAAAUCAACAGCAGCACACCAUCACCAUACCCGGCACCAAUAUUCAAAUCCCAACAUCGGCCAAUGGCCUUAUCAAUGCAACGAACCUACAGAAUAUCAAAGUCGAAGGAGCAGGUCAAAAUGUGCAGAUGCGACAAGGCGCUUUGCCGCAAGUGGUUCAAUUUCCAGCGAUGCAGCAAACAGUGCCGGUGCAAGUGCCAAUCUCAACGGGAAACGGACAAACCAUCUAUCAAACGGUUCAUGUUCCUCUUCAAGCAUUUGCCGGACAAAUGUCAGGCUUAGUUCAACCACAAAUGCAAAUCUUCCCACAGAUCGCACAGGUCGCUAACAUCAUCACUCCAAACGGUCAGAUUCAACAAGUACAAUUGGCAACACCCAUGAAUCAACUACAAAUGCAAGGAAUACCUGGUUUACAAACAACUCAAGGGCAACCUGGUCAACAACAGAAUGUUGUCAUGGUGCAACCAUCGCCGAAUUUAACAUCGGUUACAUCGAGUCCUUCAAAUGUUGGCACUUCAAAUGCGCUCGUUCAAUCAGUACAGAAUACUAACGGCAUUCAAACGAUGGCUAAUGCACAGGAUUCACAACCGAUCACUAUCACAAAUGCUCAAGGCCAACAAAUCACUGUGAUACCAACACAGGCGAUACAACAAAUUCGGCCUGCCAACGCAAACAUCAUUCAAAUGCCAAAUAUGUCCGGGCUACAAGCGAUCCCAGUACAAAAUAUUCCCGGUCUUGGCAAUGUUCAGGUCAUACCAGCGAGUGCAUUCAACGGAGGCAAUGUCAUAACACCGAUUCAGGCGACAAGUCUGCAACAAAAUCAACAACAGACACAACAAACUAGCCAGCAACAACAUCAAGCUGCCCAACAGCAAUCUCAAGCUCAGCAAAAUCAACAGCAAACGCAGCAAACCGUUCAACAGCAUCAGCAAACAUCACAAGCACAGCCAAUAACGCAAACGAUAACAUUGACGCCACAAACGGUGCAGCAUAUCAAGCAGGAGCCGCAAGAGAAAUGGAUCAUAAGCAAUGUGACGGCGAACACGUUGACAUCACCAACGGUCCAGCCACAGGCAGCCACCGCCGCCGCCGCCGCCGCCUCACCCGUUGCAAAUCAAACGGUUACAACGGUGACAACCAUUCCACAGACACAAACCACCACCACCACCACGAUAAAUGUGAAUGAUGAUGGUGUGGUGAAGCCACGCUUAAAACGGGUUGCUUGCACAUGCCCAAACUGUACCGAAGGUGAACGCCAUGCCGAUCGCAAGCGACAGCACAUCUGCCACAUUCCCGGAUGUAACAAAGUCUACGGCAAAACAUCACAUCUUCGAGCCCAUUUGCGCUGGCACACCGGCGAACGACCCUUCGCAUGCUCAUGGGUAUUCUGUGGCAAACGUUUCACACGCUCCGAUGAACUGCAACGACAUCGUCGAACUCACACCGGUGAAAAGCGCUUCCAAUGCCCUGAAUGCAGUAAAAAGUUUAUGCGCAGCGAUCACUUGAACAAGCACAUUCGCACGCACACCAAGCAAAAGAACAUCGAAAUGAGACAGGCAGAAUCAAAAGUUGAGCCAAAAACCGAGCCUUUUGAUGAAGGUGAUAAAGUGGCGAAUGGCAACGGCAACGGCAACGUAGUCGGCGGUCAGCAGCAAUCCACACAAAACCAGUUACAAUCGCAGGUUGCGACGUCGCAAGCACCAUCGAAUGCAAGCUUCGUCGAUACAAAUGGUAACAGCGAAGGUAACGAAAUCUUGGUUUUAGUACCUGCAUUGAAUGCAAACGGAUUGACAACCGCAAACAUAACCACCGAAUAUCGUACCGUCGAUAAUGGUCGUAAUUUAGUUGAGCGAAAAACGAAAACAACCACGACCACGACCACCGCGACACCAAAUGAUCUACAAACUUAUGUUACUACACGUAGCAGUAGUAAUGUCGAUAAUAACAUAAAUCGUAAUAGCAUUGUGACUGAACAAAUUGUUUGGAUACCAAAAAUUGAGCAACAACAAGAGCAUGGCCAACAUCAAGCGACAACGUCGGUCGGCAACGUGUGUCAGCCACCGCCUCUGUAUAGCCGCAUUAAGCAGCUCAAUUAUUCACAGGAAGCAGCAACAUCAACACAAUCACCAUCAUCGGACAGCAAUGACAGUUGCGAUGACGAAAAAAUGAUUUUAACCAUUGCGGCUGAAGAUGGCAACGAUAAUUCCAACUAGCAUACGGAUUGGUCCCAUCAAUUGGGUACCAUCGGAACACGACUGUCAUUCGGACAAUUUUAAAAUGAGAUGAGCAGAGACAGGGAUCGUUCAUUUUGAACGGAAAAAAGUCAGCGAUUUUAGAACAAAGUGGUUUUCUCUACAGAAAAAUCAUCAAUUUUGAAGAAUAAUCAUUUUUGAAGAUUAUAAUCUUCAUUUUUAAAGAAAAACUUCCUUCUACGGAAGGAAAAACACCUUUUUUAAGAGAAAAAAGAGAUUUCCACGAUGUUUUAACCAUUUUAAUUUAAACAAGUUUUACUGCAUUAGUCAGUCCACUUUGGUUUUCUUCGCAAGAAAAGGCAAAUAAUUGUGUAAAUAGUUCCCAAUGUUAAGAGGCUAGUUUAAAUUGAUUUAAGAAUCUUUGUUAAUAAACGAAAAGAAAGGUCACACUCUCGUAGGUAUACUAGUAGUAAUUGUAGUAAAAAAAAAAAUGGAUUCUGCAUUAUGAGAGAAUUUCGGUUGAAAAUGGUCCAUUUGAUAACAAGUGUUUCGUUUGUUCAUUGAAUAAGUAGGCAAAAUGUGUCUGUCGGCAUGAUCUGGGUGUCUGGGCAAUACUGGUCAAGUAAUUUAAAGGUGAAUAUGUCGUUUUUUACAAGUUUUUUCUGUAGAAAAAUGUGACUCUUUUAAGAGAUCCCUUUGUGUAACUUUAUGAAGAAUUCUCUUUAAAAAGCUAGGAAGAAUAAAAAUGUCCAGACACAAGCAGCGAUUAGAUAGACAUUUAAGUUAAUAAGCCCACAAACACACACACACAUAUCGCCCAUACAAUUUGUACAAAGUAACAUCCAAUUAAUCAUCAUCGCCGCCGCCGCUCUUUUAACCUAGACUAGUGUUUCUCAUCUAUUUUCAUUUUCAUGCAUCGAAAUUUGUAUAUGUACUUUUAGACAUUUCACCCCCACACACACACACACACACACACAAAGGAUGAAAUAUGAAUCAAAAACCGGCGACACUGUCGAUCGAUGACACAAUUCAAAAUUUGCCUAAUGUUAUAAUUUACACACACUUUAAGUAACGAAACUGAAACAGAAAAUCAUACAUUUUAUGUAAAUCAAAAUUUAAUCGGUUUAGCUUAAAUUAUUGUAAUAACUAGACAAGAGAUUAUGUAAGUUAUUUGCUAAUUGUUAGAUUUCGGGCGAUUUUUUUUUUAUGAUCGCUCAUACCUCGUGCAUCUUUGACAUUUUUGGCAAAAGCAAGGAGAUCUAAUUUAACCUAAUUUGGUUACAGUUUUUUUUAAAUGGGAAGAAUGAAGGACGGAGAAAUUCGAAUCGAUGAAUAAAGGAAUCUAAAUGGAAAAAAAAAACGAUUGAGGUUUAAAUCAAAAAUAAAAAUUUGAUCAAUUUGGUUUUUUCAUAAAAACACCAUUCUAAAUUAGGUUGAACAAAACAAUUCAUUUUUAUCUCCAAAAUUCUUAGAUCUUGAAUCGAAUAUUUUUCUCUCCUUGAUCAAAUUUUCCAAAUCCAAGCAUGUCUCUGCUGAACUGAAACGGUCAAAUUUGCAAUUUCAAUAAGUGUUGCAGUCAUAAGCAAUUAUUAUGUUUAUUUAUCGAUCUUUUAAUUGAACUCUUGAGUCUCUAGCUUUUAUUGCACUUUUGCAUAUUUUUUUUUUCUUUGUCAAAAUGAAUAAAACCAAUCGACUUUGUCAGUGCUA